AUGCUCUCGUUGCAGAGCGAGCCGCGGCUGUACAAUUUUAAUCUGCGCCGGAUGCAGCAGGUUGCUAAUGCUAGGGUUCCAUACAAUGUUGCUGCUGGUGAUCAUCACCGAGAGGAUUCGUCCUUGGCCUCGGCCGAUAGAAAUAUUAAGCCCGAGCUUUCUCAUGAAGUUGGCGAGGACAUCCUCUUGAAUCUUGCUCAUCAGUACUACAAAUCUGGGAACUAUAAGGAGGCACUAGCACACAGCAAGAAUGUUUACGAGAGAGAUCCAUGUCGCACUGAUAACCUUCUUUUGUUGGGUGCAAUUUAUUAUCAGUUACAUGAUUUUGAUAUGUGCAUCGCAAAGAACGAAGAAGCUCUCCAAAUUAAUCCAAAUUUCGCUGAGUGCUAUGGAAAUAUGGCCAAUGCUUGGAAGGAGAAAGGCAAUAGUGAUGUUGCAAUUCGCUAUUAUUUGAUUGCUAUUGAGCUUUGCCCUAAUUUUGCUGAUGCAUGGUCAAACUUAGCUAGUGCUUACAUGCGGAAUGGAAGGCUAAAUGAAGCAGCUCAAUGUUGCCGUCAGGCUCUUGCAUUGAAUCCUUCUUUGGUUGAUGCUCAUAGUAACCUUGGAAAUCUGAUGAAAGCUCAAGGAUUAAUGCAAGAUGCAUACAGUUGCUAUGUCAAGGCUCUCCGCAUACAACCAACUUUUGCCAUUGCAUGGUCCAAUCUUGCUGGCCUUUUCAUGGAUGCAGGUGAUCUUAACAAGGCUCUGCAGUACUACAAGGAAGCAGUCAAGUUGAAACCUAACUUCUCAGAUGCCUAUCUGAAUUUGGGAAAUGUUUACAAGGUAAGAUAUCACGCUCUGUGCUAA